ACCAGUCCAAUUUUUUGUUGCUUUAUAUAUUAUCCUCACGCAAUUGAAAGGGGCUAUAGCCUAUAAAUAUUGCAUAUUCUCUCUGACUAAGUAAUUCUAUAUACAACAAUAAGUCUAUCUAUUGGUGUAUUGUGAAAGAAAGAUAUAAACAACAGCUUAGAAGUUCAGUGAGUAGUGACAAAGUGAAUAAAACUAAAAGUUAGUCGAAAUGAAGCAAAGAAAAGAAGAAAGAAUUGUUGCUUUUGGAUCCAAGAAAGAGGUUGUUAGAAGAUCACCACCACCACCACCUCCACUUCCAAAAUUUCGAGUCAUCUCAAAACCAAGAGGUGAAGAGAGCAUAACAAAGCGAGAAAUUGCAAAGUUUUGGAGGCAAAAGCGAAUCGUGGAGGAGGAUCAUCUCCUUGCUGCUAUCAAAGCCGCGGCAAGACUCCGUGCUCGCAACCUCACGGAGCAACAGUAUUUGAGCUUUGAAUUGAGCCUAAAGUGUGACCAUGAUGAAGAUGAGGUCAAUAAAGUUGAUGAGGACAAAGAAGUGCGCGUGGGAAUAAAGGAUUGGUGGACCAAAAGCAAGUAUGCAUAUUUGAAUCAACCAGCCUUAGCUUCCAUGGAUCCUCCUAAGAAAAGGACAUCUACUUAUGUUCCUAAUUGUCUUUCUUACAAGCCCAAGGCUUUGUACCCUACAGCUAUUGGUGUCUUUUAAAGCCAUGGGAGACUUUCCAUUAUUGUUUGUCAAUCGUUGGAACUAGGGUAGUUUCCCUUGGUCAUGUUUCAUUUCUUAUUCAAAAUCAUGUGUUUGUUAUUUGUUUGGGACAAGUGUUGUUAGAUUUGUAUUUGAUUGGGCUUGGGCCUUUAGGCCUAUUGAGUGCAACAAAAACCAUUUCUAAGCAGAAGGAAUUUGGACUAUAGGGUUAUGAGUUCAAUCACUCACUCACUCUUUAUUUAGGGACUUUUUAUUGUACUCUAGUGGUACUCCUAUAGGAGUCAAGCUCCUCUCCAUUUCUCAUCAUCUCCAUUUUUACCAUUA